UGGUGCUGCUGGUGCUCUCAUCGUUAAAGGAAGUCGCAAGAAGUGUGGCGACGGCGGUGGCGUCGGUAGCGGCAGCAAGAUGGUGCUAAGCGAAGGCCAGCUGGCCCUCUGUACGGUGUUCACGCUUUGGUUAGGUGGUCUGCCAUUGAUGUACUCUCCGGCACCGCGGGGUGAUUGUGAAAACUGCUGCCCAAUCCGAGAACCGAAGGAUAUACAGUUCUUCCUCUACACAAGGCACAAUCCCGAGAAAGGUGACACACUGUUCGUGUCGGAUAAGAAGCAUCUCCGGGCGUCACACCUGAACCGGACCAAUCCGCUCGUCAUCUAUCUGCACGGUUUCAGCGAACGGGCACCCGGUGGUCCAGGGGAGAGUAGUAAGCAGAUCAAGGAUGCGCUACUGGCCGCGGACGACUACAAUGUGGUGCUGGUCGACUGGAGCCCCCUGACCGCGCUGCCCUGGUACGUGAACUCCGUUCAGAAUGGACCACGCGUCGGCCGGUACAUUGCCCGGUUCGUGCGGUUUCUCGUGAUGUCCGAGUUUCCGCUGGCGCAGGUCCAUCUGAUUGGGUUCAGUCUCGGUGCGGAGGUGGCCGGUUUUGCCGGCAAAACACUCAACGAGUGGGGUCUCAAGCUGCCCCGCAUUACCGGUCUCGAUCCCGCCUUCCCGCUCUACGUGUUCGAACGUGCAUCGCAACGGCUCGGACCGAAGGAUGCCGAGUUCGUGGACGUCAUCCACACCGACGGUGGUCUGCUCGGUUAUCCGUGGCCCCUGGGGCACGUGGACUUCUAUCCGAACGGUGGCAUACCGCUCCAGCCCGGCUGUGCCCAACAAGAGCUGGCCAAAAACCGUUGGCUUGGGGUGUUUAUCGGUUGUAGCCAUGCCCGGGCUUGGCAGUACUUUGCCGAAUCCCUUACCCGGCCACGUGCCUUCCUUUGCGAUCGCUGUGAACCGAGUGAAACGGCGGUGGAAGCAGCGAGGGGUGAACCGCGGGCGACACGCCAGACGGCCAACAACUGCACCAUGUCGAAGGAGGUGUUCAUGGGCAUGUACACCGAUCGGUCGCUCCGGGGUAAGUUCUACCUGUCCACGAAUCCGCAACCACCGUUCGGUAAGAAUUCCGGGCCGGCGGUGAUGACGACCACGACGGCCUCUGUUACGACGACCGUGCGAAGCACCUCGUGA